CUAAUGCGCUCUGCAUACAUGCGCCCUUUUCACAUCUCAACAAAACCAUUUCAAUUUAAUCGCUGCGGAGAAAACAAGAUAUUUAGAAAAUAGUUUUAAGAGCAGUUUUGAAAAUAGAAGUGCAAUAUGGCUAAACGUCCAUGUCCAUUUGAUGAGAACUGUGCUCCGUUGGUGAAAGUUCACGUUUCUUCAGAUGACUUAAACAAGCACAAUCAGAAUUACAUGAGAGAAAUACAUGCAAAAACUAUCAACAAACUUUUCCAGGGCAUGAAUAAUAACAACAGGCCAACUUUGGUAUCCCAAAAUCAGACAGUUGACUAUCGUUUGUGCUCUGAGUGUAGACAGCUGAAACAGUAUGUCAAUAUGUGCUGGUUCUGUGAGACUACAGUAUGUCAUAGCUGCUGGAGGAUUUGCAACAUCUGCUCUGAAAACUUCUGCUCUAGAUGCACAGUUGCUAUAUAUAAGAAUGGAAAUAACUACAAUUGUUUAACAUGCUAUAAUUGAACCAGGACACCUGAAUCUAAUAUUAAUUAUGUCUCCAAAUACCAUCUCAGUAUUCUCAAUAAUUAUUUUUAUUAAAUUAAGUAUUAAGGAUAACUAAAAAGAAUAUUGUAUGUAUUUAUUAUAUUAGAAUAACAUUAUUAGCCCAUGUAUGAUAAUGCUUUAAAAGCUACAUUAAUGUUGGUCUUUAAAAAACAAAUGUGUAUAUAUAUAUAUCACGUAUUAGUAAAGAUAAAUAAAAAAAACAAAACUAAGAUUUCACUCAUUUGUAUCCUAAAUUAUCUAUUUGUUGCGUAUUCAGCGCGUUGCCGGGCAUUUGUAUACAUAAUAACAUAUAUUGUAUACACACAGCGCUGUACCUGAGACGCAGACAAUUUAGACGCACACACAGACAUUAUUAUAUAAUGUGCCAUUAUCGAUCCCUCGGUCGUAGACCAUAACAGCCAGUCAUGCAGCUAUGUACUGGCUUGUGCGCAAGCCUAUUGAUGUCAGUCUGAAGUGACUAUUUUAGUAAAUGGUAUAUGAGCAGUUCGUCUAGACAAGAAUAUUACGUCCUCUGUUUAUCCCCGUCGUUGCAUAUAUUGUUUUAGUCUGGGCUCCGUUUAACUCUCCCUCGUUUUCAUACGUGCACUAAUUCGAAUCUAUAUACAUCUUUAUUUAUCUCUGUCUUCCUAUCUAUAUACAAAUAGAGUUUCUGUUAUAUAUUGUGCAUUGAGUGGAUGUGCCGAUGCAGUAUCAGUCUAAACAAAUCCUCGCAUUAUGAAUCAAUAAACUAGUUCGAGUAUAAGAAGAUCGAAACGGAUUGGAUUAGGUCAGAACGCAAUGGCGAGCGCGGAGACGGAUUCUACGCUGACCACCGUGCCUAUGAUGAACGGUGGGGCUGGCGGCGUAGGCACAACGUGGACCAGCGCAAACGAGAAGUCCACCAACAAUAAUGGCAUGGGCGAAGGAAACACUAGGCUAGAGGAGAGUCAUAUCCCAGAGGAUCGAACUUCGUUGACGGAGGAUAAGUCGCAGACGGCAACAAGUGACGAAGAGGACUACGACGAUAGCGAUACGGAAUGCGGUCUUGGUCGAUGUGUCCCCGUUUCAAUGCAAAAGUUUGCUUCCAAACAAUCCUUUCUUAUGGUGUUCUGCAUUGCUUGGGUACUUCAAGGCAUGUACCAUACUUAUUUCGUGAGUGCAAUCACAACCAUCGAAAAGUUGUUCCAAAUCCAAUCGAAAAUCACAGGGAUUAUUAUGAGCGCUACUGAGAUUGGCCAGAUCGGUUCCUCGUUAUUGUUAACAUAUUACGGCGGCCACGGGCACCGGCCCAAGUGGAUCGCGUGGGGAAUGGUUCUGUUCGCUGUCUCCUCCUUCACAUGUUCCUUGCCGCACUUUAUUUAUGGGAGACAGUUGAUCAACGCCAAUGACCUGACCGGAAUCUCGAAGGAUUCUAACAUUUGCAAAAGUAAUCUUACGAAAAACAUGGAUAUGAUGAGCACGAUCGACGAUUUCCAAAAUUUCACACCUUUCGAUGAAAACCUUUAUGAACAUCGAAUUCAACCGUCCGUCACGAAAAUAGUUUUAGCCAUAUUUUUCAUUAGCCUCCUAGGUGUAGGUAUGGGACAAACGGCCGUUUAUACAUUAGGCAUACCGUAUAUCGACGAUAAUGUUGCGAGUAAAGAAUCUCCUCUAUAUUUCGCAAUAACGAUAGGAGUCCGAAUUUUAGGCCCGGCUUUAGGCUUCAUAGUAGGCUCAUUCUGCACAAGCGUGUACGCUGAUCUGAGCGUAGAUCCAAAAAUAGAUACCAGCGAUCCCAGAUGGGUUGGAGCCUGGUGGUUGGGUUUAGUUUUAAUAUCUGCAUUACUGAUGCUCACGUCGUUUGCGAUGUUCACGUUUCCCAAACGACUUCCAAGUGCCAGGCCGCAGCCAAGGAUGCGUCGCAGUGGCAAGAAGCACCCGAGCAUAAGGGAUUUUCCGAAGACAGUUAAAAGGUUACUCAAAAAUGACAUCCUGAUGUUCCGCACAGCCAGCAGCGUUUUGCAUAUAUUGCCAAUAGCAGGUUUAUAUACAUUCCUGCCAAAGUAUUUAGAAUCACAAUUCCGCCUGCCGACACCUUCAGCCAACAUGAUUUCAGGAGUCGGUGGAAUUCUAGUGAUGGGUCUUGGUAUAAUAAUAAGCGGCGUGUUUAUAUUGCGAGUGAAACCAAACGCGCGUUUUGUAGCUGCUUGGAUAGCGUUUACAGCAGUCGUUUACGCUUUAGGUAUGGGUAUCCUCAUGUUUAUCGGUUGUCCCAUGCAUGAUUUAGAAGGACACGGGUCUUUGGAGCCUAUCUGUAAUACCACUCUAUGCGCUUGCAGCGGUGAUAAAUUUGCACCAAUUUGUGGAGAGGACGGCAAAACUUAUUAUUCGGCUUGUCAUGCAGGAUGCAGAAACUUUACAGAGCGUGAUGGGAAAAUUAUAGAGUAUUCAGACUGUAUCUGCAUGAGGGAUAAUGCCACUAUAUUCCUGGGGAACGAGUUUGAUACUGCUACCAUCGGCUAUUGUGAUGUUACGUGUAACAAUUUUUUCUGGUACAUUGUCCUUUUCUCCGUAUUCGUGUUCAUCCAUUCAACUUCCGAAGUGGGCUCUAUGCUGUUGAUUCUGCGAUGCGUUGAUCCUCGAGACAAGGCUAUGGCUCUAGGUCUAAUACAAUUUGCAAUUGGAUUAUUUGGAAACGUGCCGUGUCCUAUAGUGUAUGGAGCGGUCGUUGAUUCAGCAUGCUUGGAUUGGAAACAGGUGCAAGAUGAGAAAGGAGCGUGUAAUUUCUACGAUUCCAGCACGUUCAGAACCUUUUACCACGGUACGACAGGUGCGAUCCUGCUGUGCGCCUUCUUUGUAGAUUUGAUUGUAUGGUACAAAGCAGGUAGCAUAAAUUUCGUCGACGAGCAAGCACCUCUCGAAGAAGAAUUACAUGCGAUCAAGGGUCGUACUGAAAUUUGUGAAUAAUUUUUUAAUGGUAUUAUCCUUAUUUAGAUCUAUUAGCAUAACUAAAACAUACAC